AUGGGGAACUGGGUCAGGGAAUGCGGGCCGGCGACCAGUUGCCAGGCAGUGGCCCUGGCAGAGGGCUUCCUGUUGAGCCUGGCAGAGGACAAAAAUCAGGACCAGCAGGUUCUGGUGACCUUUGAGGAGGUGUGUGUUCAUUUGUCUGAGGAGGAAUGGGCUCUGCUGGAUCCGGACCAAAUAAGGCUUCACAAGGAGGUCAUGGAGGACAAUCAUCAGAAUGUGGCCUCUCUGGAGGUUGAUUGUCCACAGAAGAAAUCCGAGGAAGAACCAUGUGGAAAGAGGUUUGCUAAGAAUUGCCUCCUUGCUGCUCAUCGACGAAUCCAUACUGGGGAGAAACCAUAUAAAUGCUUGCAGUGUGGAAAGAGGUUUGCUUCAAGUUCACAUCUUACUAGACAUCAGCGCAUCCACACUGGGGAGAAACCAUACAAAUGCUUGGAGUGUGGAAAGAGCUUUUCUUCAAGAUGGCCCCUUACUCAACAUGAGCGUAUCCACACUGGGGAGAAACCAUAUAAAUGCCUGGACUGUGGAAAGAACUUUGCUAAGAAUUGUCUCCUUGCUGCUCAUCGACGAAUCCAUACUGGGGAGAAACCAUAUACAUGCUUGGAGUGUGGAAAGAGGUUUGCUUGGAGUUCACAGCUUACUUCCCAUCGACUUAUCCACACAGGGGAGAAACCAUAUAAAUGCUUGGAGUGUGGAAAGAGCUUUGCUUUGACUUCAUACCUUUCUAGACAUCAGCGUAACCACACUGGGGAGAAACCACAUAAAUGUCUGAACUGUGGAAAGAACUUUGCUUGGAGUUCACAGCUUACUUACCAUCAACGUAAGCACACAGGAGAGAAACCAUAUAAAUGCUUGGAAUGUGGAAAGAGCUUUGCUUGGCAGUCACAGCUUAGUGUCCAUCAACGAAUGCACACAGGGGAAAAACCACAUAAAUGCUUGGAGUGUGGAAAGAGCUUUCCUUUGAGUUCGUUCCUUACUCAGCAUCAGCGUAUCCACACUGGGGAGAAACCAUAUAAAUGUCCGGAGUGUGGAAAGAGUUUUGCUUCAAGAUCACAACUUACUUACCAUCACCAUAUCCACACAGGGGAGAAACCACAUAAAUGCUUGGAGUGUGGAAAGAGCUUUGUUCAGAGUUCAUCCCUUACUGAACAUCAGCAUAUCCACACUGGGGAGAAACCAUAUAAAUGCUUGGAGUGUGGAAACAGUUUUGCUUCAAGAUCACAUCUUGCUUACCAUCACCAUAUCCACACGGGGGAGAAACCACAUAAAUGCUUGGAGUGUGGAAAGAGCUUUACGUCGCGUUCGCGCCUUGCUUACCAUCAACAUAUCCACACGGGGGAGAAACCACAUAAAUGCUUGGAGUGUGGCAAGAGCUUUGCUUUGAGUUUGCAGCUUAAGUACCAUCAGCGUAUCCACACAGGGGAGAAACCGUAUAAAUGCUUGGAGUGUAAAAAGAGCUUUGCUUCAAGUUCGAAUCUUACUCAACAUCAGCGUGUCCACACUGGGGAGAAACCAUGUAAAUGCUUGGAGUGUGGAAAGAGCUUUGGUUCAAGUAGGCACCUUACUCAACAUCAGCAUAUCCACACUGGGGAGAAACCAUAUAAAUGUUUGGAGUGUGGAAAGAGCUUUGCUUCACGUUCAAACCUUACUCAUCAUCAGCGUAUCCACACUGGCGAGAAAACAUAUAAAAAGACAUGUCUUAGAGUACACCAAAAAAUUCACACAGGACAAACCAUAUAA